UCCCAUAUCCAACAUGUUAUUUCCGGUGAAGAUAUUUUCAACCCAAGAACCAUACUUUUGCCCGGCAGUGUUUAUCAGCGCUGACUCGCUGUUAGCUUCGGCGCUGUGUCUCAAGAUGCUGCAACUGGUUGAUGAUCAUCCUUCGAGUCAUAUGUUUGUGAUGGUUGAAGCAGAGCAUGUUUUCUAUUACGAAGGUGGCCGCCGAUACAUAAACAAAAUAUUCUACCAUCCCAAGCUGGACGAAGAACCAGCAUACCACAAUGUAGCCGUUGUAAAGCUGCGCAAUCCAAUUCGCGAAACGGUAACACCAAACGGGCAAAGCAUUGUGGCUUGUUUAUGGUCGGAAGUGAGUCUUCGCAGCGACAAGGUGUAUCUGGGCGAGUGGUUCAAGUAUCAACCAGAACAAAAUGCAGCUUUUCGUUGGCUCGAUCUACCAGUAAUGACGAGAAAGGAGUGCCGCGAGGAACUAUCCAAAAGCAAAGCGGUCAUUCCGGAAUUUGAUCGCGGAAUAGUUGAAUCACAACUGUGUGUGAAGGAUAAGAAAAAUCGAACGAUGAUUGAGUUUUGUGAAGCGCGCACCUCAGGACCGUUGUUUAUGACCCUCGGUAGUACAGUUUAUGUGGUCGGGAUGCCCACAGUGCAUAUUGAUGAUUGCAAUGUGCACAUCGAGGUAUUUAAUCGGGUAUCAUCGUUUUUGGAUUGGAUUGAAGCUAUCGUGUGGCCAUAUUUGGAAGCUCCUUAG